AUGGUGAAAAGUGUCAUGGCAGCCUAUGCCCUGUGGGCAGUAGGUGGCCCUUUGGGUCUGCACCAUUUAUAUUUAGGAAGAGACAGCCAUGCUCUUUUGUGGAUGCUAACCCUGGGAGGGUUUGGGUUUGGCUGGGUCAGAGAGGUCAUACGUAUUCCUGCAUAUGUCAGCGAGGCCAAUCAAGACGCAGAGAACGACAGAAAAAGACGCCCCACCAUGGUUCCUCCUGCUGUAGGUCCCGUCAGAUUUGCUGGACAGGUGUGCGUUGGGAUCUAUUUUGGCACCGUGGCUCUGAUAGGACUGAACUCCCUCAGUUUCUUCUACUUGAUCGUUCUGCCUUUAUGCGUGGGUGCAGGGGUACAUCUGGUGUCUAGUGCUGGCCAGCAGACCUCAGAUUUACAAAAAACGUUGACUGCUUGUCUCAUAACUUCCCCAAUAUUCUAUGGCAGCACCUUAUCACCUCUCCCUAUAAGCCUGGCUGCCACUGUCACUGCUGCACAGCACCGCAGAUUCAAACCUCCACGGGCACCUGGGAGCAAACAGGAACUAGGUCCACGGCUUUACAGGCUCGGUCUGGCCUGGCUGGCCUUCUCUGCUCCGCUGGGUUACUGUAUUUUCCACAACACCACAGCCACACUGUACUACCUGUCGGACUGUGUAGCAGCACUGCUGGAUAUUUUCUGGUUUCUGCCUUGGCUCAGAAGUGUGUUGGAGUACAUUCUUUUAAUGCCAUACCGGAUGUUGUGUUUUCUUACUGGAGGGGGGUACUAUGAAGAGGCUUGGAAAAAGGUGCUGGAAAUACUGCUCAAAGAGUACACUGAGAGAGAAAAAGAGGCACUGCAGGUAUUGUCACUGGAAGUAGAGGCCACUCUUGAAGAGAUCACUCACAGCUAUAGGGAGCUGGCCAAGACAUGGCAUCCAGACCACAACCCCAGCAAGGAUGCAGAAGCAAUGUUCAUGAAGAUCCAUGAGGCUUAUGAGGUCCUUCUACAGCGACACAGACCUCACCGGUUCAAAUAG